CUUAUUUUCGGUUCCCCUUUACUCUCUCCCUCUCUUCCCAUAUCAAUCACUACCCAUCUACCUUCUUGAGUCUUCUACAAGGCUUACCACACUCGUUCACUCUUUACAUCUCAACGCGCCAUAUACAUUUGUAAUAAACACAAACUUCUAAUCACCGUCAAAUACUAUAAUCAACAUGCGCUUCUUUUCCAACAUUUUCGCUGGCGCGGCCCUUGUGUCUGCUACCCUUGGAUUGACCAUCGACUCUUACCCUUCCACUGUUGAGGUUGGCAAGAGCUACGACAUCAAAUACUCUCCGGCAGGCACCGCCGCAACGACAUUUAUCCUCCGAAAGGGUGACCCUAAGGCCCUGGGGACUAUUGGCACGCUGACUACGUCUGCCACUGGUGGUACCUUCAAGUGGACCGUUGACCCAUCCCUCGCGAAUGGUGACGACUACGCCCUUGAGGUUCAACAAGGCAAUGCCGACCCAAACUUCACCGGCCUGAUCAAGGUCAUUGGCAGCACUGCUUCGGCCAGCUCCUCUGCGGUCUCAUCUGUUUCAUCCACCACCUCUGCAUCUUCUGCCAAGUCGAGCGGCUCUACCCUCGCCACUUCUGCCUCUGCUUCGGUUUCCUCGUCUGCUGGCGGCAACAGCACUAUCUCCGUCCCAACGCUCUCUAGCACCGCUCACUCUAGCGGCUCUGCCUCUGCCACCGGUGCGAAAUCCACUAGUGGCAGCCCAACCACCGGGGGCGGUGCUCCACGGAACACCGGUGCAGCCUCGACUCUCGGCUCCAGCCCGCUGGCGCUCAUCUUCGGUGCCGUAGCAGCGAUGGCAUACCUCAACUAAAAAAAAAAUGCAUGUCUACUUUUAUCAACGAUGGAGUUUAGCAUUGGAUAGUGUGGAGUGUAUGAUGUUGAGUGAUUAGCUUUCUGAUGCAUGAAAUUGGGCAUGAAGCAUGAAAGUGGCUGGGAUGGUGUUGCAGCAUGGUGGGGUCUGAAAUGGGGAGGCGACAAUGUGUUGGUGCAGGGUUCUUCUUGUCUAGCGCAGACAGUCGCGCUUUGUACAGUUUGUCAUUCUAGUAGUGGACAAAAUUACACCUCGAGGUGCAAAGUCAAUAUAUUCGAUACCUGCCAAUUGAUGAGUCAGGUUCGAC